ACACAUAUAUCUGCAAUGCUCUCCUGCGGGACCGCUUCUUCCCGCAUCGGCUAUAGGAGGUUCAUUCCCUGGUUGCCAGGGCAACCGAGGCGGAUGGCCCCCAUCAAGGGCCGGGUAAGCCUUGGGCCGCCUUUCAGCUCGUCGCUGUGCGGCAUGCCUGCUGACCUGCUGCCGGCUAGGGGGAGGAGCCAACUCUGCAGAGGAUCCUCUCCCUCCCCAGUAUGGGCCGUGCCGCCCCGCUGCCCCACCAUGAGGCACCGCUUCAGCGUCAGUGCUCCGUUUUCCCUCUGUUGGCCACUGCGCAGCUCUGACUCCAGCAGUAACAGAGGCACGGCCAACAAGAUGUCAUCCUCUUCCUCCACCUCCUCCUCUAACAAUGAUGGACAAGGGAAGCCUAAACCUAAAUCCCCGUUUUGUAAGAGGGGGAGCCUGCAGAGCACCACCAGCCCUGAUCUGUGUGGUGCUUCUGGGCCAAAGCCCCUCAAAUCCCAGAGAUCCCUCCCAGGGACGCCUGUUUCUGCCACACACAACCCCAUCGACCUGCGAACAUCCAUGGAGGAGAAGUACAAAGAGAUUGCUGAGGAGCUGUUCACACGCAGCAUGACAGAAAGUGAGAUGCGAACCGCACCGUACGAGUUCCCAGAGGACAGCCCCAUCGAGCAGCUUGAGGAGCGACGGCACCGCCUGGAGAGGCAAAUCAGCCAGGACAUUAAGCUUGAGCCAGAGAUUUUGCUCCGUGCCAAACAGGACUUCAUGAAAAUCGACAGUGCUGCAGACCUAGAGUACAUGCAGGAGAAGAGUUUUGAUGAUGUAGAUGAUGGCUUCAGGGAAAGGGCAUUGCCACUGGAGAGAGAAUACCAGCGGGUGUCAAUAUCUGGAGAAGAGAAGUGUGGGGUGCCAUUCACUGACCUGGUAGAUGCUGCAAAGUGCGUGGUGAAGGCACUGUUCAUACGGGAGAAGUACAUAAAGCGAUCCAUGCAAUCCUUUUGUAAGACCACGGCUCAUGCCCUGCAGGAACUCGGGAUGAAGCCUCUGGAUCUGACCGAUUAUGACGAUAUAGCCGAGACCCCUGUGGAUGCUGAUGCCCCCGUUCACCCACCUGUCUCAAAGACACACCCCUACGACAUGGACCACAAGAAUAUGCCGGCAGACACAGGAUAUGGUUGCAAGAUGGAGGGCGGACUCGUCCACGUCUACUCCAAGAAGACCAACAUGGACAAGAGCACAGAACUGGACCUGCCAUAUCCUGACCUGACAGAGUAUAUUGAAGACAUGAAUGUUAUGAUGGCCCUCAUUAUCAAUGGCCCAGUGAAGUCUUUCUGCUACCGUCGCCUGCAGUACCUCAGCUCUAAAUUCCAGAUGCACAUUCUUCUGAAUGAGAUGAAGGAGCUGGCAGCGCAGAAGAAAGUUCCACAUAGAGACUUCUACAACAUACGAAAGGUGGACACACACAUACAUGCUUCAUCCUGCAUGAAUCAGAAGCACCUGCUGCGAUUCAUCAAGCGAUCCAUGAAGAAAUACCCAGAAGAGAUCGUCCACAUUGAGCGCGGCCGAGGCCAGACCCUCAAGGAGGUGUUUGAGAGCAUGAACUUGACGGCCUUCGACCUGAGUGUAGACACACUCGACAUGCACGCGGACCGUAACACGUUCCAUCGGUUUGACAAAUUUAACGCCAAAUACAACCCCAUCGGAGAAUCCAUCCUGAGAGAGAUCUUCAUCAAGACUGACAACUGCAUUGAAGGAAAAUACUUUGCACACAUAGUCAAGGAGGUGAUGUCCGACCUGGAGGAGAGUAAGUACCAGAACUCUGAGCUGCGCCUGUCCAUCUACGGACGCUCCAGGGACGAAUGGGAGAAGCUGGCUAAGUGGGCCCUCAAACAUCGCGUGUACUCUGAUAACGUGCGCUGGCUCAUCCAGGUGCCCCGUCUUUUUGAUGUUUACCAAACAAAGAAGACGCUGGCUAAUUUCCAGGAGAUGUUGGAGAAUAUCUUCCUGCCUCUGUUUGAAGCCACAAUCAACCCGCGCAAACACCCUGAGCUGCAUCUCUUCCUGGAGCACGUGGUGGGCUUUGACAGCGUGGACGAUGAGUCCAAACCUGAGCAUCACAUCUUCAAUCUUGACAGUCCGCUGCCAGAAAACUGGACAGAAGAAGACAACCCCCCUUACUCCUACUACCUCUACUACACCUAUGCCAACAUGACUGUGCUCAACCACCUGCGAAGGCAGAGAGGCUUUCGCAUGUUUGUGCUGCGACCUCACUGCGGGGAGGCGGGGCCGAUCCACCACCUGGUGUCAGGUUUCAUGUUGUCUGAGAACAUCUCCCAUGGACUGCUGCUCAGAAAGGCGCCGGUGCUGCAAUAUCUUUACUACCUGGCUCAGAUUGGCAUCGCCAUGUCACCACUUAGUAACAACAGCCUGUUCCUCAGUUACCAUCGCAACCCACUGCCAGAGUACCUGUCCAGAGGCCUGAUGAUCUCUCUGUCCACCGAUGAUCCCCUUCAGUUCCACUUCACCAAGGAGCCUCUGAUGGAGGAGUACAGCAUCGCUACUCAGGUGUGGAAACUGAGUUCCUGUGACAUGUGUGAGCUGGCAAGAAACAGUGUCCUCAUGAGUGGGUUUUCACACAAGGCCAAAAGCUACUGGCUGGGCCCCAACUAUUCUAAGGAGGGUCCCAUGAGCAACGACAUCCGCCGUACCAACGUCCCCGACAUCCGCGUGGCGUACCGCAGCGAGACGCUCUCUGAGGAGCUUCAGCUCAUCACUCAGGCCGUGCACACUGAAGAGCUGGACACCAUCGACGAGGAGGACUCCCUGUCCAUGGGCCCUCUCCCGGGGCAACGCUGAAGUCACGGGAGCCGGGGACCUGCCCUGUGAGCAUGACCCCGAAGACACGUGGUGGGGGGGCAGUUCAUCGCCAACCAUCACCGUAGAAGUUACACUGCUACCAAAAAGCCCAGGAUGCAGAGCUGCCCGAGCACUUCAGCUUCUACAAUCUUCCGUCCCUGCGUUUGAAUCAAUUAAUGUUGUUGAAGUUGUUUUCCCCAGAUUUUUUUUUUAAACCUCUCUUUCUUCCUUUGUUCUUCUUGUAGUCUGUUCCGUCUCAGUCAGCUUCAGGAAGGUUAGCAGAGGGGACCACCAAGCAGAGGCACACUUGUCAGGUUUAUGUUGUCUUCUAUUCUUAGUCCACAACCACCCUGUCCUUCCAAAAGCCUUCAGAUUAUUUCAUUGAGCAACAUGAUUCACCUAAAAACAUUACACAGCAUGUAUUGUCUGUGUUUUUUGACAGAAACACUGACAACCAGAACAUUAAACUUUCUUCACUACGAACCUGCUCUUAUCUUCCGCCAUAAAGCCGUGCUGCGUAACCAACCCUAGUGUAUCAAUCAUCUUUAUUACACAGAAUUAUAAUGAAGGAUUACAUAUGUGGUCUCAUUGAAAUAAUGCAGGUGAAGGUUGGACGAACAAAACAAAACUGACAGGUUUCAUGUUUUUAGCUCAAACUCAGAGAGGAACAGUAACAGAAUCAGAGAGAAGACAAUGAAGCUUCUGUCUGAAUGCUGGACUUCUGAAUGUCCGCCAUACAUUGUGCUUAUUGUGCGUUCCGAUCAUUUAAUUCGUUCCUCUGUGAUUCAAACAAGCUCAGAAAGUAAGAUAUAAGAGGGAAACUCUUUUGAGUUCGAAACAUAGGGCGAACUUCCUGUUGGUCAGCUGCACACAUUCCACAAAGCAAACAGUUAUUUUUAGCUCGGACUUAAUCCAUUAAAUGUUGAAAUCAUCUUGCGUGGUAGAAGAUAUGAAAAGGGGAAUCGGCACAGUAGAUUUGAAGGGCAGCACGAGUAAGUUUGAUUGAACCAGCAAGUUACUGUAGAAGUUACCUCACUAUGCCUGUAAAUAUAUGGACCCUGUCCUCCUUUUUGCUACCCAAUUCCACUCAUUCCUUCAUUCCUUAUGGACAAAAUAGAAAGUCCUCUCUCUGCAUGCGGUGCACUGUACAAAUGCCCCGAGCCGAUGCUUCACAGUGCCUUUUCAUUUUUCUCUCGUUGGGCUAAAAAUGCCCCGUUUCGGUCUUUGUCAAAUGCAUAGCAUUGUUAUUCCUCGGCCAUGUGCAGCAGGCCUCUGUGCUCGUAACGUCUGCACCGAUACAACUGAAACCACCCGGCUGCAUGCUCGGUGUCUAAUAGCUUUUGACCUCAGCCUUCGCUCGACAUGGAAAAUUGACUUGUGUUGUCGUUGUUGUGAAUGCGCAUGCGUGCAUGAGCAAAUGAGGGUAGGAGAGAACGAGCUGUAACGUUAAAGCAUCUUAACCGAGUCAGGGACUCGACCCGCAAAUCCCGUCCAAAGUCAUGUGGUCGCAUCACUCGACCUGCCGAUGGACACGCUCCACCUGCCCAUCAAACUGAGAGCAUUCUUCUCAAACGGAGAUGCAGUUAACACACAUCGGAAUCAGACAGAUGUCUCGAAUACAGCAGCCGUGUGAUCAAGGGACGCCCCCUUGUGCGCUGGACAUGCUCACAUGUGCGUGUUUGUUGGAUUUCAUGUAUAAAGUGUAUUUUUUUAGGGGGGAUAUAGAGAUAAAAGAUUUUAUAUUCACACUAUAUUGAUGUUGAGGUUUAUGACUUAGUUUUGUUGCCAUUAAUCAUCGUCUAUUAGCAUUAAGUCAUGAAAAUAGUUUUUCAAUGCGGUUUUAUUGUCGUUUUUCUUUCUUUUUUUCUUUCUUUCUUAAUCAAUUAAUAUUUGAAUAUCUGUCCAGUGUGUUAUUAUUUACAGUCACUUUCUUUACUAAUCAUUUUUUUAUUCGUGAUCAUUGUCAGUUAAUUAUUUAUUAUUGUUCAAUAGCACCAUGAUCGGUACACUAACCUACACACACAUAAAAACUUCACUUCAAUAGAAUUGUCUUUUUCUGAUUGAUAGAUUUAUUAAGACUAAUUGCAACCAUUGAUCUACACUGACUUGUCCCAUAGCAUGAGUCCAUAGACGGAAGCACAGAGGAUAAUUAUGUCCUAGUAUUGCAGCUUUAUUCUAUUAGUGGCAUUUCAUUUUGUGAAUCUUUAGCAGCCAUAUUGAUUUUUUGAGGUAACUAUGGAAAUGAGGAGUGUUUGAUCAAGGACUCAAGGACAAUUAGAAUCUGACCUGCACUGUUUCCACCCGUCCAUCUCUUAUCCACAGAAGGUUGUCACAUUGUCCUUAGCAACAGCACACUCCAACUAACGAUUAUGUUCUAGGGCUGUACUCCACCACAGACAUUUUUUAGUUGACUAACAGUCGUUGAAAUCUUUCAACCAACUUGUUAAUUGAUCAUAAUUGAUGAUUUAAUUAAGUUAUUUCACAAAGAAUCGGAGAAAAGCACGACUUUGUGUCUUUGUUUACCGCAGAUGUGUUCAUAAGUGUCUUGAAAUGAUUCAUUUUAAAAGGCAGCCUUGUUUUUUUACUCACUCAUUAUUUGUAUUUGUUUGUUUAUAAAACUAUGAAAAAAUGCAUCAAUAUUCUGUGUAUUGAUAUAUUCAAAUAGUUUUUUUAGUACACUCGUAUUAUAGAUAACUAAGACAAAGCAGCACAUGCAGUUUCAUAUUUAAGAAGCGAUCAUAGCACUUGUUGCUUCAUCUUUUUGACGAUUAACUAAUCGAUCCCUGUAGAUAAUUGAGCACAAGAAGUGAUUGAAAUGAGAUAGGAAGCCAAGGAUAUUUAAAGAUACAUUUUCUUUCUGAGAAGUAAGUGAUUAUUUGGAUGCCAAUACAAAAACAAAGGAAAUGUUUAAAUAGAACAGAUUUAUAGUUCACAUUGAUAUAUUUCUACGCACCAGCUUCACUUUGCAUUGUUCAACAAACUCUGAUGCUCACCUGACCUGAGAUAUUUCUUUUUGUUCAGCUGAUAUUUUUCUAAUAAAGUAUCUUUAAUUUCCUAAUUUUAAAGACCCGUAGCCAUAUUAUUGCCUGAAAUGGAUUGCCGGUGUUCAGCGGAUGCUUCUGAAAAGGUUCACGUGUAAUGUCUGAACAAUGAAAUAAAGCAUGUUUAGUCACGCAAA